AUGGUGCCAGCUCCACCAGUCCCUGUGAAUAUUUCCCCCGGUGUAGACAGGCUGGUGGAGGAUGAGAGGUGAAAGUGAUGCAAUGUUCGUUUGCACCUGUGACACCCCCUCCCGCGGACAACACAGACACACACAGACACACACACACGAACCUGGCAGCAGCCUACCGAAGAGUAGGACGCUCGAGCCAUUGGGUGGAGCAGCGGCGUCGCGUGCUGCGGAAUACAUUGAGUAGGUCGUUAAGGCUGCGCGCGGUUCGGCUGCAGAUGCAGGUCGCUGAGUGGGAGCGCGAGGCGGGGGGAAAUGGCGAACAGGCGCGGGCGGCGGUGCACCUUUUGAGGAUAUAGUAGGCACCGGGAGCGCAGGCAGGCAGAGAGGCGGCUCGAGGACAGAGAGAAGUAGAGGAACCAUGGAGGACUCGGAGCCCGCAGAGGACGGCUUACUUGCGGGCUUGCGGUGGAACAGGAGCGCAAGAGACCAAGCUCAGCUGAAACACAAAAUCCGGGAUCUGCCGGGACUACUGAAGCACGGGCUUCACCUGCGGAAGAAAAGCCAAUCACCUGACACUAUCCCCGGACCAAGCACUGGACCUGCUGUACAUAAGUCUUGUUCCCAGAGUUUUCCAUGUGCUGGUCGGGCUGUGAGGAAUGCUUUCUUGUCACAUGGACCAUACCCAGCAAAGGACAAGAUACACCUGGCCAGAAUCAUACGGCGUAGCUAUGUGGGAGUGGAGCUGGUGCAGUGGCUGUGUGAGCAAUGUGUGUAUGUGCGCUGUCGGACUACCGCUGUGCGUGUCUGGCAGGUGCUGCUGGAGCUGGGAGUCCUGCUGUCUGUGGACCAGCGGGUGGUGUUUUCAGACUCCAACUCUUACUACCAGUUCAGCUUUGAGGAGUGUGACUCUCCCUCCUGUGAAUUUCGUUACAAUGAGGGGGAGUGGCCAGAGGCUGUUAAGCUCCUCCUACAACUAGCUCCAUAUGUCCAAUUCCGCUCAGGAGGUGGAGCCAAUAGUCCGUCAGAGGAAGACUCUGAAGGUAACAGGGACAUCUGCAGUGAGAUUCUUCAGAUGAAAGCUCUUGAGAGACUCACUUCUACGGUGCAAAGUGAGUUGGCGGCUGCUCUUGCGCGAAAGACACGUAAAGCUUUGUCAGAGCAGGACUCUGAGACAGCAGAGACGAGCCACCAGGAGCCUCGAACGCCCAGCGAGGAGAGCAGUCCGGUAACACACGCACUGGGAGGUGUGUGUGCUUUGCGGGACAGCAGCAGCAGCGGCGGCGGAGGGAUGGGCACCGUGUGCGGUCGCGAGGAGCUAACCAGCCGGCUGGGGCUGGAGGCCGUGCAGCGGCUGGCCAAAGACGGCUGUCGGCUGCUGCAGAACCACAACUACCGUCUACCCGACAGGAACCAGGCGGAGGCGGUAGGAAGGGUUUGUCUAAAGGAGAGAGGUCGGGACGUAUUGGUGUUGCGGAGAGUGACAUCAUCAGUGACAUCGCCAUCGGACAGGCCCUCACCAACAUCGUCCGGGGGCGGGUCCAGAGAGGAGGAUUGCGACAAGAGGUAUGUGGUGGUGUCCGGUACGCCGCUUAAGAUUUUGGAGCAUCUGCUAAGUGACCUACGAUUGGAUGACCAAAGAGGGGCACCAGAGAACAAGGAGAGCGAAAUGCUGCUGGAUGAUUUCCUGUUAACGUAUCUGGUGUUCAUGUCCACUCAUGACCUCUGUCAGGCCCUGCUGGGACACUAUAGCAGCGCACGCUGCAGGGGCCAGGAGGAGGGCAAAGAUGCCCUCUUCAGGAAACGUAAAGUACUGCAGCUUGUUUCCCACUGGAGCAGACUCUAUAAGGAUUUCCUAAAGGAAGAGGAGCACGUCAGGAGCUUCAUGAAGACUCUGUACAGGUGUGUUUUAGAAGAUCUGUACGAGUUCCCCACAUUGGAGAAAGACCUGAAGGAGUUUCAGAAACUUCUGCGUCGCAGGCACACGGUGGAUGACUGCCCUCCAAACCAAAAGAGCAAACAAACGUAUCAGCAUAUGAGUCUGAAGGAAAACUGUUUGCAGCUCCGCAGUCCACAGACCGAUACCAGAGAGGUUAUUUGCUGCGUGUACGUGAGUGCCGACUCCUACCUGAGUGUCCACACGCAUCCCUCGCUGGAGGCCCGUGAGCUUCUGCGGAUUGUGGCUCUGAAGAUGGACAGAGCAGAAGAGGACAUGGUGCUCGCCGUGGUGUCGCACACUGGAGAGCGGAGGGUGUUACAGCCCAGUGACUGUGUGUACUCUGAGUCUCUGACCCCACAAGGAAAGCUUGUGGCCUGUCGCAGGGAUCUUACUGAGAUCUUGCCUCCUUUAACAGACAGUGCUGAGCUAAGCAGGAGGCCAGUUCGACUCCUGGGCAUCAACACCUGGGAUGUGGCAGCUGCCCUCACACACCUGGAUUGGAGUCUCUUCAAAUCCAUUCACGAGCAGGAGCUGGUGUACUACACUCUCAGCCGCGCUCCUGGCACUGGCCACACGGCGGCGCUCUCAGUCCUGCUGCAGCGCUGUAACGAGGUCCAGCAGUGGGUCAUGUCCGAGGUGCUCAUGUGUGUGUCGCUCAACAAGCGAGUACAGCUUCUCAAGAAGUUUAUCAAGAUUGCAGCUCACUGUAAAGCCCAGAGAAAUCUGAACUCUGCAUUUGCCAUCAUCAUGGGUCUCAACACAGCUGCUGUCAGUCGACUCAACCAAACGUGGGAGAAAUGUCCGGGGAAGUUCAAGAAGCUCUUCUCAGAGCUGGAACUCAUCACGGAUCCAUCUCUAAACCACAAAGCCUACAGAGAAGCCUUCAAGAGGAUGAAACCUCCUAAGAUCCCUUUCAUGCCUCUUCUCUUAAAAGAUAUCACUUUUAUCCACGAGGGAAAUAAGACCUUCCAUGACAACUUGGUCAACUUUGAGAAGUUGCAUAUGAUUGCAGACACGGUGAGAAUGAUUCGCCACUGCCAAAGUGACCAGUCAGGCAACGAGGUAAUUGGGGUCGACAGUGCGGAGGUGAGGGCGAGCGUUCACUACCUGCACAUUAUCGACAAUCAGCAGACGCUCUUUGAACUUUCACACAAACUGGAGCCCCGCGCUUAAACAGAGACGCAUGCACACACACACACACACACACACACACACACACACACACACACACACACACACACACACACACACACACACACACACACUCACUCACAGAGACACAAUGGUGGAAAUGCUGCUGUGUGACGUAGAGGACGCUCUGUACACGACAAUGUCACAUGCCGACAACAAAUUAUGCUACCAGCAGUGGUGCCAAAUGGACAACAAGGUGUGCUCUGGUAAAAGCCAAACACAUGCCAAGAAAGGAUUCAUAAACUGCGCACGACCUGUGAACUUUCUACAAGAACCGAAUCUGCGCAGCGAAGUGGAGAUUUGCCAAACGCAGACACAGAGCAGAGGAGGCUGUAAUUAGUUUGUACAGUAUCUAUUGGACUGAGUAUGUCAUCGUUUUGUUCUUGUGAUCGAUCUUUUGUUAUUUAUUAGCCUGUUCAGCAGGUGGAAUUUUUAAACUUUAUUUUUUUUGCCGUCACGUCGUCGUGCCCCCUGAGGGGUCAGUAAGGAGUCGAUAGCCUCCUCGUUACAUUUCAGUUCAGCUACAAACACAAAAGCACCUGUAGAGGAGUGAAGGACCUGUGGCCACAAUCGCUACUGUGGGUGCUCUAAUCUGAUUUUAUCUACAUGGAACAUCUUUGACUUGUGAUACAUUAACUCCGCACAUGCUGUAGUUAUUUAGUUGAUGGGGUGCAGCUUUUUUCUUGUUACUGUGAUGAGGCAGCACACUUUCCACAGCGAUACUCACUCAGACUUUCUCUGUGAUCUAUAGAGUCUGUGAGUCAAGGUGCACCGUUAACAGUGAAGGAAACACUGGACAAGCUGAAGUUUUUUUUUGUCCAACUCCUGUUUGACUUUUAAGGCCGACGCCCUUCGCGCACUCUUCUCUAUGGUGUUUUUGUGUGAACAGUUACUGAUAACACUGCAUUGUGUAUAUGGACCUACACAUUUUUCAGUGCCAAAACUCACGUGGAGUCUUGCAGCACAGAUUGUUCUAUGAGGCUCUUGGUUUGUUUGGGAAUCCGUGUCUUUUUGUCACAGAGUUUUAUUUCCUGGAAUAAGGAAAAUCUGACGUCUUAGUUCUCACUGAGAUGCUGUUUGACUUCAUCGUGACUGAGUUCAGGUUGUGUGUGUGAGAUUGUAUCGGGCUUCUGUUGAAACAAGGCCCCAGCACAGAGCUGUGUUCUUUUUUUUAUGUUUGUUGUUGUGUUUUAUUGUGUUAGACAGAUAAAGUAUUCCAACUCAAGACAUAAAUAAUAGCUUUGUGCCACAGAAUUGUGGUUUAAUUCUGUACCCCUUGAAGCGCUUUUUCUAACCUGAGUGGUUUCUGUCGUAUUUCAGGUCCACUUAUAGAACAAAAUGACUGAGUGUGCCUCAGAAGUUAGUGAGGGCGGUCUCUGCCUACCUUUAGAAAAACCCAGAAACUAGUCUAAUGGUCAUAAAACCACAUCUUUCUUGAUAUAUGCUGAGGUGUCAGAGGUCAUCAUUAAGGGUUCAAUAAGAGUUAAGAGGAGAUUUCGAUUAAUUCCUACUGACUGAAAAUAUCACUUCAUGCAGAAGUGGUCUCAUGUAAACUCUUUGAAAGAUAACAAAGGGAGAGACUGAAUAAUGGAAGCACAAUUACAGAGAAUUCCUGUAUAAUAACAUGUGCAUGGAUGGGAUAUUUAAUUUUGGUUCUUCUAUAGAUUGUUGAACCUUUUAAUUGUGGUUCUCCUAAAGAAAUCUACUUUGAAUCCAAUUAGUUCCCAAGUUAUGUUGUUGUCUUGUUGAUAAAGCCAUAAGACGUGAAAAACCCUUAUUUAAUAUUUCCAUUAGUAGAAUCUGCCGUCUUGUUACACAAACUAUCACUCUGCGAAAGAAAUUGACUACUGGAUGAAUCACAGAGGAGUAAUGACAGAUGAUGAGAAAUAGAGAUUAAGGGAAAAACAUACUAGUAUUUUCAUUGUUUUGUGCCCGAUAUCUGUUCAUGUCUUGCCUGUUUUUUCAGCAAUACAUUUCUGCUGAGUGGGAGGAAACAUCUGUAGGCUUUCUUCCACAUUGCCACAUGUGUGUUGCAUUGUUUUUGAUUCUUCUAAGGCAAGACAUUAGGAUGAAGUGCAAUACAGUAGAAGUGUUGCCACAAGUGUCCACCAUCAUCAUUUAAACACUUUCACAGCAAAGAGCUGUUUUUUCCACCUCUAGAUCAGAACCUUCUUAAAGUUCUUGACACUGUUUUAGUGCCAAAGGCAUCGUUGGUUCUUUACAAGAAAGAACUCAAGGAUGUGAAGGUGAAGAGUCACGUUAAACAUAGUUCUUGUGUUAUAAGCUGCUUCUCACUGUGCAUUAAAGAUUCUUUGAAAUAUACACUCUAACCCUUUUGUUGUCACUGAGUGUUUUGCAGACACAGCUUUAGUCUGCAUUUCAUUGCUUUGUAUUUAUCUCAAGAGUCUUGGAGUCGUGUAAAAUCCUCGAGUCCAGUCGUGCUUUAGAGAAAGAAAACUGACACGUUCAGAAUUAGUUAAAAGUCGGAUUGAGCAUUCAUCUGUAUACAUCUGAUGUUUGCCAUCAUUUGCUGCACGUUGCUGCACUAAACAAAUUUAACCUUCUUAUUACUUUAAUUUGUUUGGCUUUAUUUUUUCUCUUCAAAUUUUUAAAGAUUCCUUUUUUGGUUGUGGGGAAAGCAAGCUGGUGAUUCUUUGCCUGGCUGGAGGUGAUGAAUGAGAGCCAUGAUCUGUUUGAAUUCAGUGUCACAUGAAGGCCUCGUGGUAGUCAUUUUUACUAUUAACCUGUAAACAAAACGCACAUGCACACACACCUCUGCUCGUUGUGUUGAGAGAGCAGAAGUUAUUUAUUGUAAUAUAUUGUUUAUUUAUGUAUUUCAUAGGUGGAAAAAAAUGUCUCUGUUUUUUGUGCCAUGUCAGGAACUUUUAACAGUGCAGAAGAAGAUGUUUGUGGUUUGAAACUGCAAAAGAGGGAAAGUAAAAGGACUUGCUGUCACGUUCUGUGGCCACAUGAGGGCAGCAGAGGACCAGAUCAGAGAUCAGAUUUCUUUUGUUGUUGUUGCUUUUUUUUGUUAGCAGUAAAAACUGUAAUAGGGAGGAGACCAACAGAGACUCUAUGUAGUGUUACUCGGCCACUGUUAUGAGUGUCUAAAGUUACUUUUUUUUUUAGAACAGUGUUGUUUAAAACCUGUUUGCAUGACGAAAAAAACAAAACAAAACCACAAUGUUCACAAUACAAGAGAGGACAUGUUGAAGGCUUUGUACUAUUGUAAUAUUGUUGAUGUGUAAAUAUAUGCCUAUGUUUGGUAUGUUAUUUAUCUGUUGUAAAUGGGGAAAAAAAAAGAAAGUCAACCACAAAGCAAUACGUCUCCCUUUGUCUCCCCUCGACCUUCAGACGGCUGAAGUCACGUCUUUUCUAAAGCUGCGUUUUACUAUGUGAAGAUUUUACUGAAAAGGAAUAAAUUAUAGGUUUUAUGUGACAUA